AUGGCUUCCUCGCUCGCGCCCCUCCUCAUCAUUCUCUCGUUCUUCUUCUUCUCUCUCUCCCGUGCUCUUCCGCGAGAAGCCGUAUUCGACGCCGCCGACGUUCUCUCCGAUUCAGGGUUUGUUUCUAUGGCUCUAACACUCGAAAUCGUUGCCGAAACCCUGCUAGAGCAGUCUCCUUCCGCCACUGUCUUCGCUGCUUCCGAUUCCGCCUUCAAGAAAUCUGGCCAGCCGUCCCUCGACCUCCUCCGAUUCCAUCUCUCCCCACUUCCGCUCACCCCGUCCAGUCUCCGCCUCCUCACCGCCGGUGCCAGGAUCCCGACUAUGCUCCCCGGCCAGUCUCUCACCGUCACUACCGCAUCCUCCGACCGUGUAACCUCCAUCAACAACAUCAAACUCACUGAAUCUCCAAUCUACGACGACGGUUUUCUGUUAGUCUACGGAAUCCAUAGGUUCUUCGACCCUAACUUUCAGUUCAACAGUCGAAGGCCUAGUUCUGAUUCCAAUUCCUCGUGUUCGGCUAAGAACCACACCGCUGGCGCCUCCGAUUCCUUCGACCAAGCUAUCCAAACCCUGAAAACCGGUGGAUACUCCGCCGUGGCUUCGUUUCUCGGAAUGCAGCUCUCCGGUGUGGUGGAGCAAAGCGGAAUCACGGUGUUCGCUCCGGCGGACGACGUAGUGAUGAACCGCAUCGGCGAUAUCGGCGAGUAUCCUUCGUUCUUCCGCCGCCACGUCGUGCCAUGCCGGCUUCUGUGGAAUGAUCUCGUGAAUUUCGCCGACGGAUCGGAGUUGUCGACGUUUUUAGAGGGAUUCGCCAUCAACAUCACCAGAUCUGACGGCGUUUUGAUUCUAAACGGAGUUCCGGUGUUCUUUCCCGACGUCUUCUUCAACGACAGGGUGGUGGUUCAUGGCGUUAGCGAUGUUCUAGCGGCACAAGGCAACGCACUUCAUGAGAACGCGCUUAAUGUUGAUGAUGAGGAAAACCAGUUUGAUCCUUCUGAAUAUUGA